UCUAAGAUCCCUUCUAGGUUUAAUAGUCUAUCAUGAUGUGAUUGCAGGAUUUCUCCCAGGCGCAUGAAGGCGAUGCUAAGCAAAAGAAAUGUGAGAACUCUCCUUUCUACAGUCAUGAAAAUAACAAUCCUGAAAAGAAAUCUUCAAACACCUUGAAAUCACAGAGUACACAGCAAAAUAUUUUCUUGGGGAUCAAAAAUGAAUUGGAUCAAACAGAGGAGUUGCUAAAAGCCAAGAGACAAGAAUGGAAGAAACGAAUGGAAGUAGUAGCAAAAGGAAAGACCGAACUGUUAAAGGGACAAAAAUAUAGAAAUCUACUCCUGAGCAAACUUUUGGUGGAGAGUAAAGCCAAGAAGCAGCAGGCCCUGGAAAGGUUGACAGCAGAUGUAAAAAUCAACAAAACCAAACAAGAAGAGAUAGACCGUCUAACCCAAGAACUUAGAGACCUCCGGAACAGGAAGCAGGAGUUAAAGAAAAAGUUGGAGAGGCACAGGCAUUUUGAAGACUUCUUGGCAAAAGUCCUUGACAAAUUACCAAGCUACUACAGAAGCUGGGAUUUGAAUUCUUCCAUAAAGAAAAUCAUAGAACAUCAUGAGAUGCUCUCCAAAACUAACACGAGCUUAAAAAAGCAAGUUUCCAGCCUCUCAGACGCCUACCAGAAAGCAAAGAACAAUCUCGAAGUUUUGCAACUGGAACAUAAGAACAAAACACUUAUCCUGACUACUGAGCUCUCAAAGUUGCAAAAGAAGUUGGACGACAUUAAGAUAAAAAACAAACAGUUGAAAGCAAGAGUUCAAUGGAAUAAAGAUUUCCCAAAAGAUGAAACUCAAGAUCUAGGCUGUAUGCUGACAGUCAUUUCCCACCUGGCAGAACAGUGCAAAAUUGAGCACUAUGGCCCUAUAAAGCAAUUGGACUUGACCUGCAAAAUGGAUAUGAUUCAGGAAUUUAUAUUGGAUAAAAUGAUGACCCAAAGAUUAGCUGAAUCUCGAAUGUUAUGGACUGGAGAAACAAUAACUGAUUACCGGCAGAAGAUCCAAGGACAAAACAAAGGGAAACUAAGGGACAAUUUUUCAUAUCAAGGUUCUUCUAGAUCCUCUAUAAGCAAAAUAACUAUUCCCCAAGAAAAUGAAGUUAUACUACCCAUGUCACAACAAAGUCACUGCCUCAAGCCCCUGAACCUUCCCAAGAGCAAAGAGGUCCAAAAUCCUGUUCUUUCCUUUCCUCGGGGCCAUAGUUUAGGCUACCCAAAGCCUACUCCAUGCCCUUCUAAAGUCUGCCCAAUUGAACAGGUCAAGAAGCUUGAAGAAAGACUCCCAAAAACCAAAAGUAAUCACCUUUUCUAGGUAAUAAUAAAUUGGGGGCUCAGCCUUGGAUCAAAAUAUCUUUCUGUUCGAGUGAAAGAAGUCAGAAAAACAAUAUAGGAUAGAAGUGGAGACGAUUUGGGAGGCCCAGGUUCUAGUCCUAUCCACUUCCCCUAACCAGAACCCAAACAAAUCUGACUCACUUAAAUCCAAUUCACACACAUCAUCACCCAGUAAUGUCACUGGUCUUCUCCAAAAAUGAAAAAUGCACAACAACUUCCCCUAAUAACAGUUAGUCAGUAGUCAGAUUUGAUAACCCCUAAGCUUCCUUCUAUCUUGAGAACAUUGAGAAGUAACUUGCCCAGUGUUACAUAGCCAGGAUGGUUCAAAGUAGAACUUGAACUUCUCAAGUCUUAUUGGCUUGAAGUCAGCUCUUUACCCAUUAUACCACUUUCCUCCAUACCUCCUAAGGUAUAAUUUUGCCUUCAAGAAUGACUCUCUAUCCCCUAGGUCACACUAAAAUAGAAAUUAUAAUGCAGAUGUAAGAAUUUAUAGAUAAUGUAUUAUAACAUAUUGUAAUAUAGAAAUUAAAUAUAAAUUAGAAUAUAGUCCUAGUCAAGAAUCUCAUCCCUUAGAAGGCUGUCUUUGGGUUUUAAUAAGUUUGCAAAAUAAUUAGAAGAGAAGUAACUUACCUGAGCCAGAGUGGUAUAAGCCAGGGUGAAUGGUGUUGAUCAGAUGUCCUAUGAAUCUGGCAUGGGAGGACUUGGUCCUUCCUAGAGAAAGCUGACCUCUUGCAAAGGAGCCCCUAGUAAUAGGGCUGCUGGUGAAUGUCCUGUCAUAGAUACGGAGAGCUGCCUCAGAGUUUUUUUGACAGAUGUAUGGCUGAUUGGGAAUGUCCGACUGAGUCAUGGGACCUCCCUUUUUCCACCCUUGGACAAAGAUAAUCCAAGUUGCCUCCUCCACAAGGGUCUGGCAGUAGAGAAGGGAGAAGAGGACCCAAAGAGACUACUCAUCUGCAAUUCAGAGAGUGGAGCAUCAAAUUAACUCUCCCCCCCCUCCCGUUCUGAUAGUACCUGAAAUACUAAUCUCUCUCUUUCCAACUUUGUAUCCUGAAUGUUAUUUCUAAGGUGUCCCUGAGAGUCAGCUGUGGAAUGAAAAAAUCACUGAGGAGCUGAGAAUGAGAAUGUCCUGGUUCUAUACUAAACAACUGUGUAACCUUGAGCAGAUCAUUACUUCUCUGGGCCUCAGUUUCCUCUGGGGCUAGAUAAAUUAUCUCUAAAGAGACCAUUCCAUCUAUAUCCCACAGGUAUUCUUGAUUCUGUGUUCUAAGGCUCCCCUCAAGCUCUGACAUUGAAUUAUUGCAGGAUUCUACAAUUUUCCUGAUUGUUUCUUAGGUGCUUUCCCAAACAUCUUUGGGAGAUUGGGGGAGGAAUACUUCUGCCAUACUUCAUGCUUCCUUACACAAACUCCAAUGGGGUUAAGAGCCAGACUAGAGGUUAACCAGUUGAGAUGCAGUCCUAUAGAAAGUUAGAGGGAGACAUCAUGUCUGAUUGACAGGACUGGGGAGAUAAUAACUGAGCCAAGUUAUGAAGGUGGUUUAGAAUUUCAGCAAAUAAAAAUGAAAUCAGUAGAGUUCAAAAGUCUUUCUGUUCAGUUACUUAGGAUGCUUCUCCCGUCUUGUCACACUGUUCCUAACUGGCCACCAGAACUCCAAAACACACCGCAUUUGGAGUCAGAGGACCUAUGCUCAAAUCUCUGCUCACCCACUUAUUUCAUAUGUGAGUUUGGGAAGUCAUUUAACUUGUCCAAGCCUUAGUCUCCCAGUCUGUAAAAUUGAAGAGUUAGUUGGACAACUCAAAAUCCAUGAUACUCCAUUCUCUAUCACAUGAUGACUGUCCCUGGAGAAAAAUUGGGAUAUACCUAGAGAUGAACGCUUUCAUCUGGUGAGUAAAUAGUACUAAUACCACCCAGAAGAAACAAACAUAAGGAAACACCAAUCCCAAAGGGAUGUCCAGUCUAGCAAGGGAGAGGAGAAUUUUAUGAUACGACCAGUAAAGGGCAACAUGCAGAAAAGAGAAAUAAGAAUAAUGCUGUAGGAAUUCAGAAGGAGACACAACUGAGGGGAUUGGGGAGACAAUAAUAUGGAGCUGAGUUGGAAAGGUGGCUUAGAAUUUUGACAAAUAAAAUGAGAAGAACUUAGUUCAGCAUAAUAAAAGAAAUAGAAACAAAGAGACCAGUUUGACUGAUGCCAGAGGUGCAUGUAGGAGAGACCAGUGGGAAAUAAGGUUGAAAAAGCAGAAUGAACCAAAUCAAAGAGGGUUUUAAAUGCCAGUUAAGGAGUCUGUACUUUAUUGUGUUAUCAGUAGGAUACUCUAGAAGCCCAAUUGUACAAAUGAAUGAAUGAAAAAUUAUUAAAGACCUCACUGUAUGACAUACAUUGUACUAAGCCCUGAGGAUACAAAUAGAAACUCUCUCUCUCUCUCUCUCUCUGUCUGUCUCUCUGUCUCUGUCUCUACUGUCUCUCUCUGUCUCUGUCUCUUUCUUUCUGUCUCUCUAUGUCUCUCUGUCUCUCUGUCUCUCUCUAUCUCUCUGUCUGUGUGUGUGUGUGUGUAUCUCUCCCCUUUCUAUUUCUUCUUGUCCCUUUAUUUGUCUUUUCCACCACCUGUCUAUGUUUGAGUACUUGAGUCACAUGGAGAAAGUUCCCACACUGAUGAAAUCACAGGGUGUUUGAUACUUCAACAGUUAUCAGUAGAACAAGUUUUCUCUAACUCUUGUCUUGAAAAAUUCCUUAACAUAUUUUUGCAUUCAAGUCAAUUGAUUAAACAUUUACCAUGGGUCUACUAUGUGCAUGAAAGGUAGUGUUACACAGUGGAUAGAGGAUUGGG